UCAUGUGCUGGAUGCCAGUAUGAAUUCAUGGCUGGGAAUGGCUGGUGGGGGUUGACAGCAGCUGCCCUCAGUAGUUAGGUUAACUUAGGGACCAGCUGCAAUUAUUACCCUAAACAUGCUUUUCUGUCAAAUUUUAUAUACAUGGGACAAAUACCACCAUGAUUUUCAUUCCUCAAGUCACAUAGGCAAUUUUCAGCUGGAUCAUGCCAUGCCUGCAGUAGGGCCCAGCUCCCUGCCCCGCCAUGCCCCGUGAAGGCCCCAGCCACAAGAUCUUCACUGGUGACCCGGUGCACCAACACUCCCUCAUCCACCGCAGGGUGACGGUCACCACCACCGACCUCAAGGAACACACAGGCUGGGUGUACACCAUUGACCCAGUGUCAGAGAGUGUGAUCUUGGUGAACUUCAAUGGAGAAGAAAAGGAAGUGAACAUUGUGUGGGGCUACAACGUCAAGAGUGUCACACCUCUGGAGAGUACUCCCCCGCCAGGCCUUGCUGAGGCUGUGGAUUCCAUCUUCAGAAAGGAGCAGGUGCACUACAGCAACCAGGAGCUGACAGCAAGGAGGGAGUCACUCUGUGUCUGGCUUGCCGAAAACAGAGUACCCUACACAGUUAAGGACGACAUGAGCAUACAAGUGUUGCAGGUGGCACUUAUUCGGACCCCAUAUGAUGCCGGUGCAGUGGAGUGUCACAAUGAGGUGGUGCUGGACAAGGUGAUGAGGCUAGUCCAGCAGGCACCUGCAAACACUUCUACUUGACCGGCCAGGAUGGAUAUGUAAUAGGCUAACAAUAAAUGAUUGAGUAAU